ACACAGUGUAGCUCGGACGCUGUGAGUUUCAAGAAUCUGGUGAAAGGGAGAGAGUGGACAAUGAAAAUGGACAUGGAGGAUGCUGACAUGACUCUGUGGACCGAAGCCGAUUUUGAAGAGAAGUGCACGUACAUUGUGAACGAUCACCCGUUGGAUCCCAGUGCCGACGGAGGCACCCUAACUCAGGCAGAGGCUUCCUUGCCAAGGAACUUGACUUUCAAAUAUGCAUCUAACUGCAAAGAGGUCACUGGAGUUAUAAGCAAAGAGUACAUCCCAAAAGGAACGCGCUUUGGACCCCUGGUAGGAGAGAUCUAUACCAGCGAUACGGUUCCCAAGAAUGCGAACAGAAAAUACUUUUGGCGGAUCUAUUCAAGUGGUGAGCUUCACCACUUCAUUGACGGAUUUAACGAGGACAAGAGCAACUGGAUGCGUUAUGUAAACCCUGGCUACUCCGUUCAGGAACAGAACUUGGCUGCUUGUCAGAAUGGAAUGAACAUCUACUUCUACACCAUCAAGCCCAUCCCUGCCAACCAAGAGCUGCUUGUGUGGUAUUGCAGAGACUUUGCAGAAAGGCUGCACUAUCCCUCCUCCAGAGAGCUGACAAUGAUGAACCUCACUCAGAGUGGAAAAGGGGAAUUAAAAAACCCAACACAACAGAAUGAUUUAUGUUAGCCCCUUCUACCUAAAGAAAAUAGCAGUUCAGAAAUCCUGAAAAUGGAAUCCAGUCCUCCAAAGGGAAAAGACUUCUUCCAGACCAACAUUUCACCAGUUACUCCAGAAAAAGACUUGGAUGAUUUGCAUAAGAACUAUAGCCCGGAGAGGUGUUUCUUCCCUCGUGUUGUCUACCCCAUUCGACCUCACAUUCCAGAAGACUAUCUGAAAGCUUCCUUAGCAUAUGGGAUGGACAGACCCAGCUACAUUACUCACUCGCCCAUCCAGACGUCUACUACACCGAGUCCUUCCGGGAGGAGCAGCCCAGACCAAAGUUUAAAAAGUUCAAGCCCUCACAGCAGUCCAGGGGUCACGGUUUCACCUCUGGCACCUACUUCCCAAGAGCACAGAGAGCCGUACUCUUACUUGAACGGAUCAUAUGGCUCAGAAGGAUUGGGGUCUUAUCCUGGAUAUGCACCCCCUGGCCACCUCCCACCUGCCUUUCUAUCGUCCUAUAACCCCCACUACCCCAAAUUCCUGUUACCUCCAUUCAAUAUGAGCUGUAAUAACCUGAGCGCUUUGAACAAUAUCAAUGGCAUCAACAAUUUCAAUCUCUUCCCAAGGAUGUAUCCUCUUUAUGGCAACCUGCUCAGCGGAGGUAGCCUUUCCCACCACAUGUUGAACCCCACCACGCUCCCCAGUUCGUUGCCCAGUGAAGGAGGCCGUCGAUUGCUGCAGCCUGAUCAUCCGAGAGACUUCCUCAUACCAGCACCUAACAGUGCCUUCUCUAUCACGGGCGCUGCUGCCAGCAUGAAGGACAAGCCAUGCAGCCCCACCAGCGGGUCACCCACAGCUGGUACAGCAGCCAGUUCAGAACACAUAAUGCAACCUAAACCUACCUCAGUGGUGUUGGCUGCCACCGGCGGUGAAGAAGCCAUGAAUCUCAUUAAAAGUAAGAGGAAUGUGACCGGUUACAAAACCCUCCCAUACCCACUGAAGAAGCAGAACGGGAAGAUCAAGUAUGAAUGCAACGUUUGCUCCAAGACCUUUGGUCAGCUCUCCAAUCUGAAGGUGCACCUCCGAGUACACAGCGGAGAGAGACCAUUUAAAUGCCAGACUUGCAAUAAAGGCUUCACACAGCUGGCUCACCUCCAGAAGCACUAUCUGGUACACACAGGAGAAAAACCCCACGAGUGUCAGGUUUGUCACAAGCGCCUCAGCAGCACCAGCAAUCUCAAAAUCCACCGGCUCCACUCUGGAGAGAAGCCUUACCAGUGCAAGCUCUGCCCGGCCAAAUUCACCCAGUUUGUGCACCUGAAGCUGCACAAGCGUCUCCACACCCGGGAACGUCCCCAUAAAUGCAUCCACUGCCACAAGAGCUACAUUCACCUCUGCAGCCUCCAGGUCCACCUGAAGGGCAACUGCCCCGUCGCCCCUGCCUCCGGCCUCUCCAUGGAGGACCUGAAUCGAAUCAACGAGGAGAUCGAGAAGUUCGACAUCAGUGACAAUGCUGACAAGUUGGAAGAAGUGGAGGACAAUAUCGACUUAACAUCGAUCGUGGAGAAGGAUAUACUGACCAUACUCAGGAGGGAAAUGGAAGGAGCUAAUCUGAAAGUGUCUCUACAGAGGAACCUGGGAAAUGGACUUAUCUCCUCAGGAUGCAACCUUUACGAGUCGUCAGAUAUGUCAAUUAUGAAGUUGCCUCACGGUCACCCACUACCUCUGUUACCUGUAAAGGUCAAGCAAGAAACAGUUGAACCAAUGGACCCUUAAGACUUUUUGGCAAAGUGAUUUUUUUUUUAUUUAUGACUUGGCAAGUCAGGGUGCCUGUAGCAGUUGCUUGUACAUAGUUUCGAUGCUGCAAAGCAAUCUUGGCU